AUGCCCACGUCGGUGGUGGUUCCCCCCACGUCGCACACGACGACGUUGCGGCCUUUGACGGCCGGAUCCUGCGAGCACAGAACGGCAGCUCCGCGCAUCGAGUUGGUGGCUCCCGACGAAAACGUUCUCACAGGCGUUUCCAGCGCGUCCUGCACAGAAAGCACGGUGCCGUCGUUCUGGGACAGCAGGACCGAGCAGUCGAGCCCGUUGCGUCUGGCCGCGUGGACAAAGGAGGAGAUGAUCCUGCGGCCGAACCGUUUGAUCGCGGCGUUCAAAAUCGCGGCGUUCUCGCGCUCGACGAUGCCGAUGCCGGAGAUUCGGUGCGACAGCACCACGUCGCAGCCGGGGAUCUCCUCGCGGAUGACCUGGGCGGCGCUGCUGCCUGAUUUCAGACUCGUUCAGCGGCCUGAUCUCCGUGCCGUCGACCUGCACGCCGCCGUCGAGCACGGCCGCGUAGCCGUUGACGACCGCCGCCAGGUCGGCGGGAAAGUCGCUGAACGGCGGCGAGCCUCUGCCGUACGGCCCCGCGAGACGCAGCACGGCCACUUUCUCGAGCCGGCUCGAGUCGCGCUCGACAACGGCGUUGAUGAAGUGCGUCGUGCCGAUGGUGACGGCCGCGAUCUGGUCUCUGGAGAAGCGGCUGUCUGGCGCGUCCAGAACGGCCCUGAUGGCGUUCUCGAUGCCGCCAGACACGUCCGGCGUGGUGGCGGCCUUGUGCCACGCGAGCACGCCGCGGUCGGCGGCGGCCAGCCGGGCAGGGUCGAGCACAACAAGGUCGGAGUUUGUGCCCCCGACGUCGAUGCCGAUGACGAGGUUCCUGGACAUGAGGCUGUCAAUGGCUGCAAUGGCGGUUUAAGCGUACCUGUUGAAAAUCUGCACCUGUAUUAA